AUGAGAUCCACGCAAGUAGCUAGCAAACAAGGAUUCGCAUCUGCGGAGGCUGCCGCACAUCACCUGAGCAGUGAGCGAGCAAAGUGAUAGUACAGAAACACGAGCAAGUGAUUAUGUCCAUCUCCAUCUCUCCUUCUCUCUUUCUCUUGGUGUGUGCAGAUGGUUGAUCGUGUCCUCCCGAUAAUGGACGGCAGUGAUAGCGCCCCGGCUGACCCCGGAGGUGGUGACGCAUCAAACCACACGGCGGAUGCGACCCGCAUGUGUGUCUGAUGAUGUGCUGCAGGUGGGCGUGGUGGGGGGUCGAGUGGCGAUGGCAGUCUGCGCGAUGUCAUAGACCAAAUCUAUGCGGUGAGCGGAAAAGGGCAAAGGAGAGAAACCGCCAGCUUAUGCCGCAGCUGCUGGUGGUUCUGCUGCUUUGUUCAGGUGAGCUGUCAGAUGGCCGCGAGUAGUGAGGCGGCGAAGCUGAAGAUAUCACAAACCGACAAAAAUGCAGAGGUCAGCACAGACACCCACGGAACCGCAAAGCAGCACCGAUUUGUGUCCGUCUGUCUGUUUGCAGGCCUGUGCAUCGCUGGCUGGCCGAUUGUCCGCUGUGCUCAAGACCCUCACCGACGCCCAGUCAACCCUCGGUCGCGAGCUGACGCAGAUCCCCAGCGAACAAGUAACACAUGUAAGGAUGAAACGACCAAUAGACGACGCAAACAAAGCAGUCACGUUCUUGCGUGUCUGUGCAUUUGUGUGGAUGUCAGCGCAAGGAUGGUGACCGCAAGGGCUUCCGGUGGCUGUACAACGUCAACGACCGUCGGGCGGCGGGCGUGUCUGAGAGUUCGGAUGAGACCGACAAGGCGGCGCAACAGAGCAAAGCGGUAUGCCCGAACACACUCACAUACUCAAUGCAUCCACAGGCGGGCCGGCUCAUGUGCUCAGGUGUCAACUGGCGAUGGGAAGCGCUCGCGCGUCGGCACCAGCCAGGCAGCUGCCGCAGUUGCUGCAAGUAGUGGAGGUACGUACGACACCGCCCGCCCAUCGAUGGCUGCAAACAUCGUGACGGUGAUUGUGUGCUGUUGCUGCUUCCAUUCAGGUGCCUCGGUCAGUGGACGUGGCGCCAGCCCAAAGGUGACACGCACACACACAAGAUAAGACCAUCUCCAGCGCACACCUACUUUUCCCACAUGUAUCUGUGUGUGUCAGGGCUAUGGCCGUCCGUGUCUACCGGGUCUGCCCGAGGGCGUCAUCGGCCACCUGGGGUCCUUCAUGAGCACCAUUGCGGCCGCGUCUCGUCUGACGAAGAUCAACAAAGAGACCAGACAGAAGGCCAUUGACGAGACCUUCGGCGCGUUCCGGCACUUCAGUAUGACGAAGGACGAGGAGGCCAAAUACCAGGCCAUUCGCAAGCUGAGGGACGUCAAGCACCUGGUGAGAUGGGGGUGCAGCGUCAUCGGCAAAGCUGUGGCACGUGACAUUCGUUGGUCUGGGGUGUGUGUGUGUGUGUGUGCAGGGCAAGAUCCGGACGGCCUAUGUGGAGGCGUCCGAUCUGGUGCCGAGUGUGGUCGAGCUGCUGGAGAGGUCUGCAGAGACGCUCAAGGAGCUGCAUGUUGCAGAUGACAACUUACGGGGUGAGCACCCCUUAGCGCAGCGGCGACCCCCAGGGGAUCCCUUCCCAUUUCCCAAGCUGACCGACAUACAAAUGAAGUCACCCAAGUGGCUUGGCCACAUCAGCAGGUCAGCACACAGAGGGGAGAAGGAGAUGGGUUUUUGCACCCGCCUGUCAUAUCGUUCUGUUCGUCUGGUUGUCUGCAGCGUUCGUCGCUGGUGUCUGCCUGCCCUCAAGAGUCUUCGAGUCGGCCGUCUUUCCCAGUAUAAUGGGUCAUCCGAGUCCCUCACGCGCCUCAUCAAGGCAUCGCCCAACAUCGAGCGGCUCGAGUCCGAGAUGAUGGGUUUCGACGACACCCAGUGGGCCGACUUCACCGCUGCCCUCGGCCGCUGCCCCCACAUUAAGGCCAUCAUCGGACUGCACAUCGAGAUGGAUCAGCUCGGCCGUCUCAACCAGCUCAAGCAGGCCCUCAACCAACACUGGGCCAAAACAGAGAGGAGAGGUGACUUGACACAUGUUGCUUGGGCACCGUGACCAAAUCAUUUCAAUGACUGUCCUCCGUCAUUGUCGGAUGGUGCAGAUGUGCCGAAGAGCUUGGGGUUCGUCGUGUUUGACCCGAACAUCGGUGCGGAUUGCAGACAGCGCGCGGCCGGCUUGGAGGGCAUCAGCAAGUGGGCAGCAGAGGUGAGCUGUCGGCUGGAGUGGCGGCUAUGGAGGUGGCUGGACCCGAGUGGCGGGGUGAUCACGCGCCUGAGGGUGGACUGCAGCAGCGAUGCUGGGACCGCUCACCCUGCACCUGGCGGCCUCUACGGCGAGAUAGUAAAACAGCUGGCGGCUGAGGCGACGCAGGUGAGUGAGGCGGACCGUUUGAAAAAGACAAGACAAGGCUCUCUACGUGUGUCUGCCUGUAUGUGAAGGUCUGGUUGCGACUCGGUGGCACACCAAUCCACCCGUCAUGGCGUGACAAGCUCGUCUUCACCAACGCGACAUCCCUCUGGCUCCAUACCAGGGGAGGCCCGAGUACCUCCGAUGUGGUGGAUAGCAUCCCCGCAUGGCUGGCUGAGAGGGAUGGAGCGGGCCAGACGGCGAUGAGCCGAUCCUUCCCAGCUGUCGAGUUGCUAGAUGUGAGUGUUGCCGACCUCUCCUUCUCUGACCUGCCCUCUCCCACGUCUAAGCUGAGCCGUCUUGUCGGGGGGCUGGCGGGGCUCGAGAGAGUCUUUUUCCGCGAUUUGUCUAGCGCCUCAAUGGCCUGUGAGCUGCUAUCAUAUCUCUCUGUGCCACGCCUAAGUGAGGUUGAGAUCGCUGCGCCCUUGUCUCGUGAGUGGCCAGCCAGCGUGCCGGCGGAGUGGAGCUUUCGCUCACCCCGUAUAGAGCGCCUGGCGAGUGCACCUCCCGAGUUCGUCAUAGACCAGUGGCAUAACAAGGAAGAUGCACAGCUGUUCCUGCAGUUGGUGGCGACACUGCGCCCAGCGCGUGUCGACUUCACUGCAACACUGGAUCGGGAUGACUUGGAGGGAGAGGGGGAGGGUGAGCAGGGAGACAAUGCAUCUGGGCUCCAUGCAGCCCGUUCAUUCGCGU